AUGACUGUGGAGCAGUAUGAUUUAGAAUUCAACGUGUUAUCCUUCUUUGUUCCUAAGAAGGUAGCGACUAAGGCUACCAAGGCCGACAAGUUUGUUAGAGGGAGUUUUGUGAUUUACAGUGAUGCUUCUACGAAAGUUCUGGGUGAUGUUUUGAUGCAGCAAGAGUUUGCAGCAGUAGUUGUUGCAGUGAAGAUAUGGAGGCAUUAUUUGUAUGGUGAGAAGAUACGAAUCUAUACUGGCCAUAAGAGCUUGAAAUACAUCUUCACUGAGAAGGAGUUGAAAAUGAGACAACGAAGAUGGCUUGAGUUAGUAAAGGAUUAUGAUUGCGAGAUAUUAUAUCAUCCAGGUAAGAAAAAUGUGGUGGUUGACACUCUUAGUAUGAUGGUAUCACAUUCAGCAGCACUCGUUACCGAACAAGCUCCUUUACAUCGAGACCUUGAGAGAGCUAAGAUUACAAUAUCAGUAGGGGCAGUCACCUCAUAUGAUCCUCAUUUGGUUGAGAAGCGUCUCCUAGCAGAAGCAGGGCAAGCUGAUAAGCUCUCCAUAUUCUCUGAUGAUGGGCUUUUGUUUGAGAGGUGUUUAUGUGUGUUAGCAGACACUGCAGUUAAGACAGAUUUGUUGACUGAAGCUCAUAAUUCCCCAUUUUCCAAAAAUGUAUCUUAA